CUCCUUCUCCUUCCUCCCUCCCCCCCUCCUCCCCGGGGAAUCUGCUGAGGAAGGUGCCCGGAAGAGGGUAUGUGUGUCUCCCCUUUACAGUAGCCAGGUGUUGGGGUGACGCGGGCACAAAUGGCCAAGUGGCUACGGGACUACCUGAGCUUUGGCGGUCGGAGGCCCCCUCCGCAGCCACCCACUCCCGACUACACGGAAAGCGACAUCCUGCGGGCCUACCUGGAACAGAAGAAUCUGGACUUCGAGGACCCUUAUGAGGACGCGGACAGCCGCCUGGAGCCAGACCCUGCGGGCCCCGGGGACUCCAAGUACGACUCCCCCAAGCACCGGCUCAUCAAGGUGGAGGCAGCCGACAUGGCCGAGGUGGCCAGAGCCAAGGUCUUGCUGGGCAGUGCAGGGGCGGAGUCAGAAGUUGACACCGAGUACUCGGACCCCUUUGAUGCCCAGCCUCAUCCGCCACCCCCAGAUGAUGGCUACAUGGAGCCCUAUGAUGCCCAGAGGGUCGUGAGUGAACUGCCCUGUAGGGCAGUGCAGCUGUAUGACACCCCCUAUGAGGAGCAGGAUGGGGAUCCAGGAGACAGGCCUUUUUCAGGGCAAAGGCCUGGGCAGAGCCGGCAGCCCCAGGAAGAUGAAAGGCCAGCGGAUGAGUAUGAUCAGCCCUGGGAGUGGAAGAAAGACCACAUCUCCAAGGCAUUUGCAGUGCAGUUUGACAGUCCCGAGUGGGAAAGGACCCCAGGCUCGGCCAAGGAGCUCCGGAAACCCCCACCCAGAAGCCCCCAUCUCGCAGAGCGUGUGGACCCUGCCCUGCCCCUGGAGAAACAGCCGUGGUUUCACGGGCCUCUGAGCCGGGCAGACGCCGAGAACCUCCUCUUGCUCUGCAAGGAAGGCAGCUACCUCGUGCGGCUCAGCGAGACCAGCCCCCAAGACUGCUCCCUGUCCCUCAGAAGCAGCCAGGGCUUCCUGCACCUGAAGUUUGCGUGGACACGAGAGAACCAGCUGGUGCUGGGCCAGCACAGCGGCCCCUUCGCCAGUGUGCCCGAGCUGGUGCUCCACUACAGCUCACGCCCGCUGCCCGUGCAGGGCGCUGAGCACCUGGCCCUGCUGUACCCGGUGGUCACGCAGAGCCCCUGCCCCGGGGCCUCUGCCCCCGGCCCUGCUCCGUGAGGCUGAUUCGCUCCAGGCCUGGAGGAGGCCAGAGGGAAAGGUUCCUGCUCAGCCAGGCUCUCCGGCUGCAUUGGGGCUGCCCUCUCAGCCCCUUUCCGGGUCCUGGGGCCCAAGAUUGUAAGAAAGUCCUCCUCCGAUCCAGAAAAUAAAUAAGUUAUUGUGUG